UCCUGGGAAUUGACGACUGAUUGGUGUUAAUGGCCCUCAGCUGCACCUCAGGCCAUCAGUUCCUCCCAGUUGGUCAUUAAUCCACAGGAAAUGUCUCAGAAUUCAUCUGUGUGAGGAAGCGAGUUACAGCAGCAGAAAAUGUCUCCCUUAGUAAUGAAAGAAGAGAAAGGAGUGGCAGGCUGUGCUCUUUUUUAGUCCACAAGGUGAGGAAGGCUCCUGUGUCUUCAGCAAUGAUGUGGAAGAGGGCAUUUUGGCACAGGAGGUGCUGAAGCUUGUGAUGAAGACGGAGGGGAGAGUUGCACCUGCUGAACUUCCAUCUCCCACACGGUAAAUGUGGCAAAGCAACACACAUGUUUUCAGAACUGAGCAAGGAUUCUGGUCCAUUUAUCUCUUCAUAGCUGUGUCAAAGGAUGCAGCAGAUGCUUCUCAAACACCUUGUGACAGUAACUUUCUUGUGCGCAGCAAAUGGGAUAAAUACCAAGAAAGGCAUUAAAUGUGGCGGUGUCCUCUCAGCACCACAUGGCAAUGUCUCAAGCCCUAAUUUCCCUGGACUCUACCCUUAUGAUACAGAUUGCAUGUGGCUCAUAGUGGUAACAGAAGGGUCCUCUGUUCUGCUCACUUUUCAUCACUUUGACCUGGAAUACCAUGACAGCUGUGAAUAUGACUACAUCAAGAUCUACAAUGGGAUCUCAGAAGACCAAGGAAAUCUCCUAGGAAAAUUCUGUGGUACAAGUUUUCCUCCACCAUUUACAUCAUCUUGGAACAUCAUGACUAUAAUAUUUCACUCAGAUAACCACGUGGCCAGCCAAGGAUUCUCUGCAGUUUACCAAAAAGAUGUUUGCGGGGGUGUGCUCACCGGCCUUUCGGGAUCAAUAACAAGCCCUGAUUACCCAGAGAAUUACCCCAACAAUGCUGAAUGCCAUUGGGUCAUCCAAGCAACUUCAACUUCUGUCAUCAAACUGAUUUUUGUUGACUUCCUGAUGGAAAACAGUGAACAGUGCAAUUUUGAUUAUGUGGCCAUCUUUGAUGGGCCAACUAUGGGGGAUACACUUCUUGGUCACUUUUGUGGGAAUGUGAAACCUCCAGACAUGGUCUCUUCUACACAUGAAAUGCUAGUUGUGUUCAAAUCAGAUUUUAAUAUUGCAGGCCGAGGUUUCAAGGCAUAUUUCUUUUCAGGUGCAUGUCAGGAGGUAUACACAGCCAUCAAAGGAAAUUUCUCCAGUCCUCAAUAUCCCAACUAUUACCCCAAUAAUAUCAAGUGUCACUGGGCCAUCCAGCUGCCCCCAGGAUAUCGAAUCAAAGUCUUCUUCCUAGACUUGGAUCUGGAGGGGCGGAACAGCCUGACAGAUGGCUGUGAUUAUGACCAUCUGGCUGUAUUUGAUGGAGGCACCGAGAAGGCAUCUCUACUGGGGAAGUGGUGUGGGAGAGAAAUGCUGUCUCCUAUUAUAUCCAGUAGAAACAAACUGCUAUUGGUCCUUCACACGGACAGGAACACAGCCAACCGAGGCUUCUCAGUUGCAUACAUAGGAGUUGUUCCCAUGAAUGUCAGCUGCACACGGACGGAGUUUCAGAUCCAGAUCCCCACACAGUCACUGGCUCAGCUGGAGCGAAAUAAGAUAUAUUUAGGGAUCCCGUCCUGCCCUGCACAAGUGGUUGGUUUAAAUUUUAGGAUACAUGCAAGGUUUGAAACCUGUGGUACAGAACCGCAAAAAAGAAACAACACAUCUGUGAUUGUCAGCAUCCUGUAUAUUGACUUUUCAGAUGGUAAUCAGGAAGACAUUCACCGGUAUGAAGUGCAGUGUGAGCCGAAAAGGAAAGAGGCCUCUGUGAAUCUUAUCUCUGGCUCUGAUCCCUACAGGCUGAACCAGUACGCGGAGAAUCUGGUAGAGUCCCAGCAGCAGAAUAUAGAGGCAGCAGAAGUCUACGAGAGCAAGGGCCAGGACACCAGUGACAUUGUCUUCAUCAGCAUCUGUAUUCUGGCUGGUGUUCUCAUGAUAAUUGCUAUUGUAGGGUUAGUCCUGCUAUAGAAUGCAGCCUUCUGGACAGUCACCAGGGACUGAAGCCUUUGUGCACUCCCAUCCUCUUAGCACUCCCUCCAUUCCAGCUACUCAAGACACACUUGGGGGGCAGUUUGCUCCGGAGCUGGAUUCAGUGGUCAUUUAGAGUGGCAGCUCACCACAGCACUGUCAGGCUAGCCUUGGCUCAAAAUUAUACUCUUGGAGUGUGUCUGCACCAGCACCCCCUUCUUCUAUAUGUUUUAAUUUCAUAUCAAUUUACUCCUCAUUUUCCCAGUACUAAUUUUGUCUGAACUUGCCUCUCUAAGAAGAAUGUAGAUUUAUGAUUGGUUUUAAAUAAUGCCGCUUUUGCACAAUUACUUCUGUGCACUCCUGUCCUCAUACUAUAUACCAAUAACUUUGAAGCAGCAUAAAAAAGAUUGGUGUGAAGAAGUGUACUGUAACAUUGAAAAAGGCAAUCUCGAUAUUAGGAAUUAUUAGGAAAGGUUAUGAAAAUAAACAGCAAGUAAUAUGUAAUGCCAUUACAUAAAUCUAUGGUGUGACCACAUUUAGAAUACCAUGCAUAGUUCUCUUACCCCAUCUCUAAAACAAUAUAGUAGACUUGGAAAAGAUACAGAAUGCAGCAAAUAAAUGUGUGAGGAAGUAAGGGCCCUUUCAUAUGGCUUCAGAAGAUGGAGGAUUUUAAAAUUGCCUUAAAGAAUAGUGAUGUGACACUUGAACUGCUUUUUAACCCUUCUUAUUGUAUUAAGAAACUAGUGAUUAAGGAGCAUUAACGAGUAACUAAUCCACAUUAAGUGAUCUUGAGUAAGUACUCUUUUCUCCUUUGAGAACAAAACACACUGCUUAUGGAAUACUGGAAAAAUCACAGCAGUCUGUAAGAGAUAUUUCAACAGAAGUAUUAUGCUUCUUUAGCAUCCUGCUAACCUAUAAUCCAGAUGUUUUUGUACCCAUUAGAAGCAGAGGGCUGGUGUAUUCAUAUGACCACAGUGGGGUUGGGGGAAACCCACAGUUUGUUCAUACUACAUAUUGCACUCUAGACUUAAGAAGUCAGCUUCUGACAUAUAAAAAAAUCCAGAGACCUGAAAUAAUUCAGUUUUAGUAUUCCAUCUCUUCUCUGCAAAAGAAAAGAUAAAAAAUAAUUAUUCCUCCCAUUAACUAAUGAAUGAGGAUUUUUUGGAGAAAUAUUUUACUUUCAUUUAAAACUAUAAGGCAAGUCUAAAUAUUCCCAGGACAAAUCUUAAGUCUGGUUUUUAAAGCAAUACAUUUAUGAACACAAACUGCCUGGAAUCCUAAACCACUAAAUAGCACUAAAUAAAGCACUAAAUAGGUGCUGGUCAAGGGCGUAGACCCCUUACAGUUUUUUGGCAUACCUACAUAUAAAGCAGAAGUAGACACAAGUUAAUGCUAAUGUCAUUGUUUUUCUCCUGGUAGUGAUUUUGCCUUGCCUGGGCACUACCAAAAGCAAAAUUUAUAAAAUAAAAAAAAAGCUUCAGAAGGCAACUUUCUCUGAUAGUUCAUCAGUUCACAAUUCUCUGAUUACAUAUGAUAACCAGCUAUUUAAAUAACAACUUCUUAGUACAUGAUAUUUCAUGAGAAGUUAAUUAAGUUCUACUUAAAUGAUAUCCACACAGUGCCUAUUUGAAUGAGUCAGGUUCAUUUUUAAAUGACCAAGAGAGACAGCUAUUGCAGGGCUUCAAGCUCUUUAUUUCUGAAGUGUUGCACAUAUAAUGCUUUGUCACCCUCAGUCUCUGAUGCUGGUCAUGGCAUCUUAAACUUAGCAAAGCAAACCAAUAACUUGUACCAAUGGCAGGGGGCUAGCUAUGGCAUAAUUACCAAUGAUAGUUUUCCCAUUCUGAUUAGUGAAAACUUUGUACUGCAGAAAAUUUCAGGGACAGGACAGAAUAAGUUGGAUGGUAGCAUGUAAACAUGUCUGAAUUUGUAUGACAAUGCAUGAGUGGUAGCAGAGAAGAGAGAAUUGUUUCUAGGUCAAAAGCAUGGGACACCCCAAUAUAAUUCAUUAUCCUUUAAUCUGAUUUCACUAAAAUGCCCGUGUCAGACACAGCAAUAUUCCUCUAUAUGCCUUUACAGAAAAUCUUUCUUCAGUGUAUUCUUUUUACUUCACAAAGGAUGAGCCCUGUGGUCUAUAUUUGGUUUCCUGAAUAGCUGACUUCUUGAUUCCACAGAUUUAGCUGUAAAGCCAUCUCAGGGUCCUUUCCAGGAAUUCUCAAAAGUUUGUUUUCAAAAGCUAUAUAUAUGUGAGCCUUCUAUGAUGUAAAAGCAUCUCAAAUCUCAAAAUAAACCUUG